UGUCUGCUGGCAGUUUUGCCGUUAACAGAAUUAAUGUGAUAACAAAAAGGACUAACUUACACAAUUUUUGCAAAAAGUAGGACUUUAGUGAAUUUUAAAAAAAAGGAAGACUACUUUGAGCAAAACUCCAGAAGAGAGAACCAAAAUAGGUAUUAAACAUUUUUUUUUUUUUUUUAGCAAUGAAGCGUUUCCCAGUGUCGUUUCCGAUUGGGAGGAUCGUGUGAGUGGUGGAAGCGGUGGUGGCCGUAGCUUCAUUCUGACGCCAUGAACACUAUUAUCUGCCACCGCCUAAGGCUAAGUCCAAAACUUCUUCUCUAUUCUUUCCCCAAACCCUCUUUCUCGUUCUCAACAACCACUUCCGAUUCUGUCUCCUUCACCAUAUCCUACCUCACCAACACCUGCGGCUUCACACCAGAGGCUGCACUGAAACUAUCCAAACGACUUCGUUUCAACACCGCCCAAAAACCCGAUUCCGUCUUCUCCUUCUUCCAAACCCACGGUUUCUCCGCCCCCCAGAUCCACCGCAUCCUCAGGAAGUGCCCCGAACUCAUGGUAUGCGACCCCACCCGAAGGCUUCUCCCCAAAUUCAACUUCUUGACCUCCAAAGGUGUUUCUCCUUCCGACGUCGUUUCCAUUGUCACUAAGAACCCCCGUUUCCUCUGUCGCAGCCUCGAAAACUGCAUCUUCCCCACCUUCCAACUCCUCCGAAGGUUCUUUCCCUCCGACCUCAGGGCCCUCACUGUUUUCGUCGCCUUUCCCUCUGCCAUCGGCCACUGUCGCAUGGCAUCAAACGUUGAAAGGUUGCUCAACGCCGGAGUCGCGCACGUCGGCAUUCGGCACUUGCUAUCCACUCGGUCUUUUGUUCUCUGCUCCAACCUGAGAACCCUUUUGGAGGAAGUGAAGCUGUUGGGGUUUGACCCUCUGAAGGUAACCUUCACUGUUGCCCUUCAGGUCAAAAUUACUGUUCCGAAACCCCUUUGGGUUGCCAAAGUCGACGUGUUGAAGAAAUGGGGUUGGUCUGAGGAUGAGGUUUUGGUUGCGUUUAGGAAACACCCUGCAAUGAUGCUCUGUUCCAUGGAGAAACUUGAUGCCCUGACGGGGUUUUGGGUGGGUCGGCUUGGAUGGGAUCGUUCUGAGCUUAUUGCGUACCCUUGGUUGUUUAGCUACAGUUUGGACAAAAGACUCGUUCCGAGGGCUUUGGUUCUGCAGCAUCUUCUCUCCAGAGGAUUGGUGAAGAAGGAUGCUUGCAUCUCCACCCUAUUUUGUGAUUGAUCCAGGAGAGCAAAAGGUGUUGUUGUUAGAGAAAGCCUUUGCAGGUAAUAUUUAUAUUGAUUCUCAUUAAUCCUUCUUGUGAGUUUUUUUCAUUCUAUGUAUUAUUUUUCAAUGAUGCAUACCUUCAUGAAUUGUGGGAUUGGAAUGUUGCUUAAAUUUGUAGCCUUUUCUUAACCUGUUGAGCACGAGAGCGAGAGGCUAUGCAAAUCAAAUUUUUUUCUACUAUUCCAAUUCCUCCUGAAAAUAGAACUAUGAAAUAUCAGAAAUGCAUGUGUCCUAUGCAAAUCUGGGUGAUUGAAUGGUUUCUCUGAGAUAUUUUUUUAACAAAUUUUGUUGUUAAAAGCUUUUUGGAUACUCUAUACAGUAUUCCUUCUGGAUUUUCUCUUGCCAAAUGAACGCUGAUUUUGUCAUGAAUUUGAAGAAAGGUUAUUAGGACUGCUACUGUUUUGUGUGGAAAAGGAGAAUAAUUUGCAUCAUGUUGUUUCGUUGAAUACUGCUUUGAAGAAAUGAUCCUGAUCACGUUUAUUAUUAAAUAUGACAAUAAGAACACUAAUAUAUUAGCUAUCUGAUUGGUAAUGAGAAAAUGAGCAAGGUGCGAGGUAUUUUCAAAAGGCAAGAUGACAAAACAGAACCAGAAGCACCCAACACUGAAAGCAGGCAAAGGAAUAAGGGAACAAAUUCUCAGUGAAUUGAGAGAGAAAGGAUGAAACCCAAAAUCCUUUAAAACAGUUACCAGUGCUAUAACUUAGUUUUGACAUAAUUAUUUGUUCUUUAAAGUUCUCUCUUCUUAUUCUUUAGAAUAUUUUCCCCUAUUCCUAAUAACAUUUUGUUUACUA